AUGUUCUUCUUACAUUUUCUGACCAUUCAAUCCAUUUUUGAGAAGAGGGACGAUGGCACGUUUGUAAUGACACUCAAAGACAUCGAUGAUGCCGGAGGAAUUGAUGGCUUACUCGGAAAGCUGAAAGAGAGUGGGCUUCUUGGCUUUGAGCUACCAUCGAGGCAUGAAACGAAAAAAUCCGAGCUGUCAACGGGCGAGGCCGCAAAGAAAGACGGAAACGACAAAAGCGGAUUGGCCGCUGUCGGAGCAGGCGGCAAAGAAGCAGGCGCGCAAAGCGGAGCUGAAUCAAAACAAUCAGAGAAGGCAGACAAACAGGCUAAAAGCCAAGAAAAGGAUUCUCAGCGCAAGGGAAAGGCAGAACAGCAGGAGAAAAAGCAAGCUGAUAAGAAAGAAGCCGAAGAGAAGAAGAAAAAGAAAACGGAAGAAAAGGCUGAAGAUAAAAAAGAAAAGGAGAAAGCGAAAACAGAGCAAAAAGCAAAGAAGAAGGAGGAACAGAAGGAAAAGACUGAAGAGAAAAAGAAGGAGAAGGAAAAAGAAGCGGAGAAGAAGAAAGAAAAGGAAAAGGAAAGGAGCAAAAAGAAAGAAGAGGAGCAAGCGAAGAAGAAAGAGAAGAAAGAGAAACAGAAGGAAGAGGGAAAGGAAAAGGAGGAAAAAAGACAGAAGGAGAAAGAAAAGAAAGGCUCUGAAAAGAAGAAAGAAGGCGAGAAAAGACAGCAAAAAGACAAAGAAAAGAGCGAGAAGAGAGAGAAGGAGAAAGGCGAGAAAGAAAAGAAGCGGGAAACUAAAAAACCCGAGAAGGAGAGUAAAACAAAGGAAAAGACAUCAGAUCGUGAGUCUAAGAGCACAAGUACAGGAAAGAAGACCGAUAAAUCAACUGAAAGUGCAAAGAAAACCGCAGAAACCAAAUCAGGAGGCGUGGAACCCACAGUUCAAAAAUCUGAGGUUGGUAGCACAGAAAGUGCGAGCGCUUCGAAGAAAGCGUCAGAAACAGUUGCAUCUGCGUCAAUGUCAACAUCAGCAGAGAAGUCUGUUGGUGCAUCAAGUUCGGUUUCUGCAUCAGUACAAUCCUCCUCGGUCCAGGCCUCUUCAUCAAUGCCAAUGUCAUCGGAGAUGUCCUCUGCGAUGUCUUCAGAGAUGUCCUCGUCGAUGCCAAUGUCAUCAGAGAUGUCCUCUGCGAUGUCUUCAGAAAUGUCCUCAUCAAUGCCGAUGUCAUCGGAGAUGUCCUCUGCGAUGUCUUCAGAAAUGUCCUCAUCAAUGCCGAUGUCAUCGGAGAUGUCCUCUGCGAUGUCUUCAGAAAUGUCCUCAUCAAUGCCGAUGUCAUCGGAGAUGUCCUCUGCGAUGUCUUCAGAAUCAAUACCGGCCUCAAUUGCCUCAUCUAUACCAUCUUCUGUUAUUUCAAGUAUGGCAAGCUCGAUAUCCGCCUCUACCAGCGAAGAACAACAGAAACAGACUUACCAAAUAUCUUUAAUAUCCAACAACAUAUCAAGCGAAGACGUACAAAAGCUUUUCAAAGAGUGUUCCGAGUGCAAAAAAGUGGACAAGGUUCUCGUGUUCUGGAACGGUCAAUACUAUUCAGACUUUUCAGGUUCUGUCAGGAUGGAGAAGAAAGGAAAUGACAUUGCCGAUAAAUCCGGUCUAUUUGGUGGUAUGGAUUGUGGCUGUAAGAAAGAAGAGAUUCCGAGUAAAGGAACGAACAAUGGAUUGGGUGUGUAUCAGGACAAGAGUGUGUCUGAAGAGGAUUCUAAGGGAAUGAAAAUGAGUAUCGAUAAGUUGUGUGGACAAGUUGAACAGAAUGGUGUUAAACCAGCUGUUCAAUCUUCUGAUAUUGCUGGCGGUCAAGCAGCUGGUGCUGAAACACAGAAGCAACAAACGAACGAGGGUGGAGGCACACCUGCUGGAGGUGGUGCUGAAGGAGGUGGUGCUGAAGGAGGUGGUGCUGAGGGUGGUGGUGGAGGUGGUGGUGCUGGAGGUGCUGAAGGUGGGGCUGGUGGCGCUGAGGGUGGUGGUGGAGGUGCUGAAGGUGGUGGUGGAGGUGCUGAAGGAGGAGGAGCUGGUGGCGCUGAGGGAGGAGGUGGUGGUGCUGGUGGUGGUGCUGGUGGUGGUGCUGGUGGCGCUGAGGGAGGAGGUGGAGGUGCUGAAGGUGGUGGUGCUGAGGGUGGAGCUGGAGGUGCUGAAGGUGGUGGUGAUGGUGCUGAAGGUGGUGGUGCUGGAGGUGCUGAAGGUGGUGCUGGAGGUGCUGAAGGUGGUGCUGGAGGUGCUGAAGGUGGUGGUGCUGGAGGUGCUGAAGGUGGAGAGGUGCUGAAGGUGGUGCUGAAGGUGGAGCUGGUGGUGCUGAAGGUGGAGCUGGAGGAGCUGAAGGUGGAGCUGGAGGAGCUGAAGGUGGAGCUGGUGGUGCUGAAGGUGGAGCUGGUGGUGCUGAAGGUGGAGGUGGUGGUGCUGAAGGUGGAGCUGGUGGCGCUGAAGGUGGAGCUGGAGGUGCUUCAGAGUCAAAAGCUUCAGAAGCAAUGUCAGCUGGUCAACCCCAGAGUGCUGCUGCAGAGGCGGCACAACCAACACCAAGUCCACCACCUGCUGGCAUUUCGCCGACAGUCAAGUUCGCAAGAAGACUUGAACCAAUAA